GCGCACAGAUCAGUACCAGCCCGGCCGCGCCAGCGAUCGCCGCUCAGCUCCUUCAGCUCGUCCGCGAUAUGGGGUCUCGCCUUGGCUUCUGACACGCACUUCUAAGGCGCGAACGCCGCGGCCUCCUCACCUUACCGUGUUCCUCCGCACGCUCCUAGAACAGUCGCCUCUGCUUACCAGUAGCAAUAGUGGCUCUUCUUUUUCUUCCGGCUCAGAUACAGUACUCACACGCGACUACUUGCUUACUCGCUCAUCGAAGUUACCAGCUAGGCCGUGGACAGUUCGUCGCUCUACCGUGCGUUGAAGUCUCCGAACACUUGCACGUACGCAGUAGCCAGUUGCCGAGCACCAGUUUGUUCAGCAAGACCGGUUUCUCAGCCGUGCUUCGCACUCGUGUCAGCCCUCGCCUAGUACAGGUCGGAUUAACCAAUGGCGCUGCUCAAUUUUAGCGCUCCUUUCGCUCACGCGCCGGCCACGCCGUCGCCGUUCUUCGCCGCCGCUGCGUCUGCCUCUGCCAUCGGUGGCCUCAAUACGGCGUCGGCUGUCAACACGCUCCUCUACGGCCCCCAGGGGCCGCCGUUCGCGUCUCCCCCGCCGCCUCCGGCGCCGUCGCGACGCUCACAGCCCGGGCCGCGACAAGGAAUCCCGCGUCCUCCGCCGCCCGUGCCGGCGGCGGCAGCGCAACAACAGCAGCAACAGCAACAGCGUUUCUACGGUGACGGCAGCAGGAGUGGUGGCAGCGACCUGCCCCCCAGACCGUCAGGGUACACUCGGAUCGAGCAGCCGACGGACUUGGCCAGUCAGCAGACGGCCAAGACCACUCUGCACGCGGUGCUCGAUUAUGACGACGACUUUGACGAUUACAGCUACGAGGACGACGAUGUACCGCCGGAGCUGCCGUCCAACUACAGGCGCACGGCGCUCCCAGCCGUAACCCCUAUACAGGGGCCCAUCUUCAUCAAAAACGGAUCAGUGCCUGUUGUGCCCCUGUACUCCUACCCAGUCGUGAACAACGGAACGCUCGUCCAGAUACCGAUCCUAUGGACGGCGCUGUCCGUGGCGCUGGGUCUGGAGAUUCGUGGAGAGAUCAUCCGGGGCGUACCGUGCAUCAAGCGCUUCCACCAGCUCUUCUGUCCCACAGCCGGCAACAGCUACCCCAUAGAUCGCAUCGAGAAGUUCAUCGACGACAACAAGGCGCUGAUGCGGCGGAUGUACGGCGAGUUCCAGAUGACUACGGAAUAUGGCCCGCCAUACGAACAGCAGCAGCAGCAACAACCAGGACGGAAGGGGCGGCGCAGCGUGAAACGUGAGGCGGGUGCAGGGGCGGGGGCGGCGGGGGGCGGCACGCAGAGCGGCCAGCCCAGGCACACGCCCCCCGGUGUACCGGACCUGCACGCCGCGCCCGGACCAGACCCCACCGCCCCUGAGAACUCGGGUUCCGAGUCCUACUUCGCCAAGCUGCGCCAGUCCAGGCAGUCCUUCCGCGGCAACAACAACCAGUCCGAGACCGGCAGGGUUGAUGCUUGUGAGUCUAAGGUUGAAAUUGUCACACCAUACUGGGCAUCAAACAGUGCUGGCAAAGUUCGAGCCAUAGUCAACACACAACAUUUUGAACAGGCCAUUCAUCAGGAAGUAUGCUCGAAAACACAGACAAAGAGGUGCUCUGGAGACUGUGGAUGUGAACAGAAGUAUAAAUGGCACAGGUUACUUGCAUAUGAUCCAGAUAAUGACUGCAAAGGAAUAUUUAUGGAUUGGUUUCUCUUCCCUUCCUGCUGUGUUUGUCGCUGCAAUCCCCUGUUUGAUAAAAAGUGAUACUACGAGGCUGCUGCAAAUAUGUUCUUUACCACAUUGCAAGAAGAAACUGAAUACAAUGAUCUUGCAUGCAGAUCUCUACAUCUUGGAGCUUGGAUAACUGAUGCAAGGAACAUACAUUGUAAUGCAGUGCUAGCAACAAUUUUUUGACCAUCUUUGUGUCUAUGCCUGUGUGUGUGCAUGUGUGUUUGUGUGUAUGUCCAUCCUGAAAGUCUGUGCCAAACUUAGUCAAGAAUUAUACCUGAAUGGUGACUUUAAGAACUUUCUGUAAGUGUAAAUGUAAAUUAUGUUAACAAGUGUUAGAUGGCAGAUACUGCAGUGGUAAGUGUCACAACAUCCUUCUGCUGAUGACAAUCACUAUUGUUUACACGUGAGGCAGGGAAUUGUGAAUGCCAUGUCGAGACUUCUUUCUGUGAAGGAGGCAUUAAAAGUUAUCUAUCAACAUUUGGUCAUAUUUGUUUCUCAGAGUUACAUCAUCUUCACAUGUCUCUGCAGGAAUUAUAUUAAUAUGCAGAGCAACUGUAACCAUUACUAUGGAGUCUUAUUUUCCCUUAAGUAAAUGCUCCAGUAAUUGUAGAUGAAUAUUUAAACAUAUCAAUCAUUGGAUAACUGAUAUAUCAUAUAACAAUGUGAAGAGUCUUUCAACUACAUCAUAAUAUUCUGCUGAACACAAAAUUUUGUGUCUGUAAUCAAAUCAUGAAUCAACAUAUUCCAAGAAUUGAAUAUAUAUUCUGCCUAAAGUAAGUUUCUGUUAUUUGGAUGAUAUACUGUGUAUGGCUUAGUAAUUUUUUAGCAACGUACUCUGAAGAACUACAGAUAGUUUGAAAAAGCACAGAAUUGGUAACAUUUGUAGCUACCACUUUAUGCCUCAGAAGCUGUACCUCAGUACCAGAAAAGUUACCAGGCGAUUUACUAGUAAAAUAUAUUAUCUUGAAGUGGGACUCAUCCUUUCUACUAUGAUCACUGACUAAUUGCAUAUCCCACUAUCAUCAAAAUGCCAUCUUCCUUGCAGCUGCAGUAACAAUGAAACUUUCUCUGUGAGAUACUUAAACAUACUGUCAUACAAGAUCUGACACAUUUAGCAAUAUUAAGAACUGACAUCUUUUGUUUUCAUCAGUUAUCAUUUGUAAUACGAACAGAAAUUUAAUUACACGGUGUUUACCAGUGUGCAGCUGCAACGUCAAACAUAUGCAGAUGUUUUACAUUAUCCCACCCGUAGCAUAGUCUUACUUAAGAUAUUUUAGUCUGAAAAUGUGUCAUUUAGCCAUAUACUGUACUUAAGUUAUUUUAGUUUGUUAAAUAUUGUUAAAACUUUAAUUGUUUCAUUGUGUGGCAUGUGUUAUGUGUCUAGCUUUAGGAGAAUUUGCUUAAAAUUGGCUUUUCAUGGAUACCAUUAUGUUGUAAGCCUUCCAAACAUGAGAGCUCUUUGUAAGAAAAUUUUCCUAUGCCUAAAAGUUCGACAGAAUGUGAGCCAAAGUUUUCCAGUGUGUCAGUGAUUAUAUGGAGUUAGAUCUCUGUAACAUAACAAAGAAAUAUUUUAGUAACCAAUAUUAAUGUUGUACAUUGUAGAAUACCAUUUUAUUUGCUUGUUUAUUUUUAUAAUUCCAACCAAAAACAAAUAUAAAUUGAAUGUAAAUGUUCACAGUCCUAUGUUAGUUUAAUAUCAUUUAUUGUUUUAAAUUAAACUUUAUUUACUUUGGCAUAUCAUUGAAUCUUAAAACAAUUUUAUAUUAGAAUUUAUAUUGAAAUAAAACUCAUGAAAAUCCA